CUCAAAAGUGUUACUUUGCUGUUGCCUGUUCCCGAUAUCACUAUUUUAUUCAUUUUUCACCCUGCUUUCUUGCUUCUUUCUCACCAAUCUAUCUAGCAGAGAGGCCUUCACUCACUCUCUGAUAAAACUCUCUCUCCUCUUUUCCAUUCCUCUGCUCAUCUUCUGUUUUUCUCUGUUUUUUCAGUUACCCUUUAAAUACUUGUCCAUCUUUUUCUCCUUUCCCUCCCUCUUCAUCUUUUGUUUCUAGUUUCACUUCUUCCUCUUAACCCUUCUGUCCCUGAAAAUGGACUGUAACCAGUUAAAGUCAUCUUCAUCAUCAUCAGAGGAACAAAUUGACAUGAUGUUAAUGAUGAUGAUGCAACUCCCUGAAUUUUCUUCAUCUAACGGUAAUAACAACACCAUCAAUCAAUUUCCACCGUCAGAUCAACAAUUCUAUGGCACUUCAAAUGCUUCUAACAAUACACGUCCUCUUGCAGAUUUAAUAGAUAACCCUCCUAAUCAAAUACCAUGGUCUUCAUCUUCAUCAUUCACUCACUUACCUUCACAAUCCACCACAAAUACAAACACAAUCUAUUUCACCAAUAACAACUCUACACCAUUAAUGUUCCAACAACAACAAACAACACCGUUAAUGUUUUCGAAUUCGAGCAACGAGAUUGCUCCGAAUACGAACCAUUAUGGUACUGCAUCGCCAUCAGAGAAACGAAACUCGAUGGCGGCGAUGAGGGAGAUGAUAUUCAGAAUAGCAGCUAUGCAACCAAUUUACAUAGACCCUGAAUCCGUAAAACCACCAAAGAGAAGAAACGUGAAGAUUUCAAAAGAUCCUCAGAGUAUAGCAGCUAGACACAGAAGAGAAAGAAUAAGCGAGAAAAUAAGAAUACUGCAAAGAAUGGUACCAGGUGGAACUAAAAUGGAUACUGCAUCAAUGUUGGAUGAAGCUAUUCAUUAUGUUAAGUUUCUCAAGACACAACUUAAGUCACUGCAGGAACGUGCUUCAGGAGCCAACAGUAACAGGACAGUUGCUGGUUCAGGAUUAGGGUUCCCUGUUUCAUUGCCUAAGCCUAAUUACCAAGAUCGUAAUGUUGAUCGUUAUGGGUGAUAAAUUUCAUUGAUUAGGGUUUAAUUAUCAUGUAUAAGUGUGAUCAAUCAAUUAAAUAGUACUUUAUUUUAAGGUUUAGCACCUUAGUCUAUCUAGAAUAUUUAUCUUAAUUUGGUGGUACCAAUUUCAUGUAUUUCGUCCUGUUCAUCAUGCAUGAUAUCUCGUUAAUUAACUCUUACCAUUCAUCUUAAAUUCUUAAUCCAUGGAUCU